AUGACCUUCACCGUUGGUAUUGCUGGUAUCACCGGCAAAUUUGCGAAAAGACUCACAUCCCAUAUCCUAAAACACCCUGACGUUGCCAUCCGCGGCUACUGCCGCAACCCGAGCAAGGUUUCAGAAGUGAUCGCCUCCUCGUCUCAAGUGACUCUUCUCAAAGGCCACGCAUUUGACUACGGUGCCAUCCGCGAAUUUGUCAACACUUGCGAUGUGGUCGUAUGCUGCUAUCUCGGUGAUGACAAGCUGAUGGUUGACGGCCAAAAGGCCUUGAUCGAUGCAUGUGAGGAAUGUAAUGUUCCCCGGUAUGUUGCUAGUGAUUGGGCGUUGGACUAUAUCAAGCUGAAGCUUGGCGAGUUGUUCCCGAAGGACCCUAUGAUUCAUGUAAAGGGCUAUCUAGAGACAAAGAAAGUCCAAGCCGUGCACAUCCUUAUUGGUGGAUUCAUGGAGCCAAUUUUUAGUCCAUUCUUCAACAUUUUUGACCCGAGUACGAAUACCUUCCGGUAUUGGGGCAAUGGGGACGAGGUGAUGGAGGGAUCCAGCUAUGAUAAUGCUGCAGAGUUUACUGCCGCAGUCAUUUUGGAUCCAAAGGCAACCGGAAUUGUUCGAUUCCUCGGUGGACGUACCACGAUUCGGGAGAUCGCCCAAUCCUUUGAAAAGGUCUUUGGAGUCAAGCCUACUCUUGAGAGCCGUGGUUCUCUAGAUGAUCUAUACAGGACCAUGCAUGAGCUUCGGCAGAAGAACCCGGGCGAUGUCUUCAGUUUCUUGUCCAUGUUCUUCUACUAUUAUUGGAUCAAUGGCCAGACCUUUGUGGGAACCGAUCUGGAUAACUCCCACUACCCUGAGGUUAAGCCCGUCGACUGGGAGACUUUCAUGGCCCAGUGGCCAUUGGAGCAGCUGCCCACUGCUUUUUUUGCCCUGAAUGCUUAA